CAGGCACUUCCUUCCUUCGGUGGCCUGAAUGUUUUAUUUUUUGCCUUCUGUUUCUCUAUAAAACUAAGCAGAACCACCUUAAUGCCGAAAAAAUGAGGCGAACUUGUUAUGUUUCACUUUCCAUGAGAGUAGUAGAACAACAGUCACUCUGGAGUCUAACAGAGAGGAAAUGUCUCUCUCUCUUACAAAGGCCAAACACUAGAAGCUCUAUCCUUCAAAUCCAUGGUUUCAUGCUUAUAAAUUCCUUAGAUUCUAAUGUAAAUCUCUUAACGAAAUUCAUCAAUGCUUGUUGUUCAAUCACCAUUGCUGGCAAAUCUUCCAACCGAAAUGCCACAAUUCUACAUGCUCGCCGUGUUUUCGAUCUCCGGAUUCAUAAACAUGACACAUUCUUAUGUAAUUCAAUGAUCAAAGGGUAUAGUGACAAUGGCCAAUUUAAAGAGUCUAUUACUCUCUAUAAACAUCUUAGAAAUGAAAGUCUCUUUGUUCCUGAUAGUUAUACAUUUCCAUUUUUGUUCAAGUCUUGUGGAUGUUAUUUAGCCGUUAAAGAGGCUAAUCAGCUCCAUGAUCAAGUUGUUAAAAUGGGUUUGUGUUCUGAUUUAUUUGUAUCAACUGCAUUGGUUGAUAUGCAUGUGAGGUUAGGAAAUUUAGUGUUCGCUGAACAAUUGUUUGAUGAAAUGCCUCAAAAAAAUCAAGUUUGUUGGACAACUUUGUUUAUUGGGUUUGCUAAAUCAGGCGAUACUACAAAAUCAAAGGAAUUGUUUGAUUUAAUGCCCGAAAAAGAUUCAGCAGCUUAUAAUGCGAUGAUAGAUGCGUAUGUCAAAUCGGGGGAUCUGAGUGCGGCUAAGGAUUUGUUUGGUAAAAUGCCUGAAAGAAACGUUGUCUCAUGGACUACUUUGAUAUCUGGGUGUUGUAGAAAUGGUGAUCUUGUUACAGCUAGAUCACUAUUUGAUGAAAUGCCUGAAAAGAAUCUUGUUUCGUGGAAUGCAAUGAUCAGUGGCUAUUGCCAGAAUAAGCAACCAAAUAAAGCGUUAGAUUUGUUUAGAGAUAUGCAAUCAGAUUCACCUCUUGAACCAGAUGAAGUUACAAUUGUGAGCAUUCUACCAGCCAUUGCUGAUUUUGGUGCUAUAGAUUUUGGAGGUUGGGUUCAUGAGUUUGUUCGAAGGAAAAAACUUGACAGGUCAAGCAAUGUAUGCACUGCAUUAGUGGAUAUGUAUUCAAAAUGUGGUGAAAUUCUGAAAGCAAAACAAUUUUUUGAUGGCAUGUCAAAUAAAGCAACUACCUCUUGGAAUGCUGUGAUCAAUGGGUUUGCCAUUAAUGGGUUUGCUAAGGAAGCAUUGGAGGUGUUCAAUGAGAUGCAAAGUGAAGGCAUUAAACCGAAUUCAGUCACAUUUGUUGCGGUAUUAUCUGCCUGUAAUCAUGGAGGUCUUGUUGAUGAAGGCAGAAAAUGGUUUGCGGCAAUGGAACAGUUUGGGGUCACGCCAAGAAUUGAGCAUUAUGGGUGUCUGAUAGAUAUAUUAGGAAGAUCUGGGUUUUUAGAUGAAGCGGAAAAACUGAUUGAAGGGAUUGGUACAGAAGUUAAUGGAAUAAUUUUGAGUUCAUUUAUGUUUGCGUGUAGUUGCCAUGGUGAUGUUAUUAAAGCCGAAAAGGUAAUGAAGGAGGCAUUUGAAUUGGAACCUCUGAAUGACGGGAAUUAUGUGAUGAUGAGAAACUUGUAUGCUGGACAGAGAAGAUGGAGAGAUGUGGAGGACAUGAAGGUAUUAAUGAGGAAAAACAAAGCCAAGAAAGAGGCUGGUUGUAGUGUUAUUGAAAUUAACAACAGGGUUUGGGAGUUCGCCGCAGGCGAUAGAACGCAUUCACAGUGGGAAGUGGUACACAGGGUUCUAGGACAACUAGGAAUGCACAUGUAGGGGAAACAGCUUAUUUAGGUUAAAUCCUAAUCGAAAAAAUAUGAACUGUUACCACUUUUACCUCUUCUUUAUAUUAUCCGUUUUCUGACUUAUGAGCUGCUUUUUGUUAUGAUUAUCUCGUCAUAAUUGCUAUGAGUAUGAAGGGAGGAAGCACAACAUUAAGCUAAAGGCAAACCAAAGAAAUUAGGUUCUACAGUGUUUUGUAUCUCUUUAUGUGCUCAGUUCUGAAUCUACAUGGAAAUGCUAAUGAGCUUAUAUUGUGAACGUAUUAUAAGUGUACGGAAACAACCAAAACUCAGAGUUCGCUUUAGUUAAUUCAAGGAGUCAUACGAUACGCUCAUGGAAGGUGUUCAGAUGGCUAGAAUCUAGAAGUUGAUUUUUCGGGGAGAGAUGAAUGCGCUGUAAUCGGAGGAUCACAUGAAGGGAUUACAUGAAUUUUGAACUGCUAUUGAAGCUUGGUCAAAAGGAAGAGGGGUUCCUUCAGUGAGCAUGUUAACAGAUACACUCUAUGGGCAAUUUGUUAAAAAAGAUGUCAAAGAAUUUGAUGACUUCCAUAUUGCUGUCCUUGAUAUCUUCAGCACGGUGAAUGCCGCAUUGCCUGGAAAGCAUUAUGAUGUACCACCACUUGAUGUCGUGGAGAGUUUUUACAAUAGAUGGAAAAGCGGCAAGGAAGAGGAGGAUAAAAAGGAUAUGUUUGUGAAAUUUAUGACGUCUAAUAUAAGUCUUAGUACAUUGGACGAUGUCACAAUAAUGUUAGGAGUAGCAGCACCACCAGCAGCCAUGGCAAUGAAAAGGGCAGGAGAAUGUAUUCCACAGCUUAAUAUGAUCAAAGUAAUUCCUGACGUUAUCUUUGUACCUACUGCAACUUUGAUAACCUUAAUUUCUUUGAAACUCUCAAGAAGGGCAGCUCAAAGGAAACAAAUCAGUGAUGCAUAUGAGGAAGGGAAAAAGUGAUGAGAAUGAGUUUCUAUCAACAUGUAUGCAAAUCAUAUGUACAAAAACUCAUGACUGAUAACUGUUAAUCUGGCAUUUGUUUUUUGGGUUGUUUUUUUUUCCUUAAUCAUGAAAUUUUAUUACCAAAUUAAUCAAAAUUACAACUUACGAUGAGGCCAAGACAUUUUCAAGGCUAA